AUGUCGACAACCACGCAAAAUUUUCCAUCUAGUAACAUUCAUACUAUUAAAACUCAUAAUGGCCCUGUGAAUGCCGUGAGCUUCUCCAGCUCCCCGGGCACGUAUAUCUUAACUGGCUCUUCCGAUCGCGAUGUUCAUCUCUCCCGUGCAAUACCGCAAUCUUCCUCCGCAUCCGGUUCUGUGACGACUAGACCAAUCCAGAAAUAUGAGGCCCAUGGGUACUCUGUACUUGAUCUCGCGGUCACGGGCGACAAUGCCCGAUUUGCCAGCGUUGGCGGUGAUAAACAGGUAUUUUUAUGGGAUGUUGAGUCGGGAUCGACAGUAAGGAGAUGGGUCGGUCAUGAUGCAAAGGUAGAAGCCGUUGAUUUCGGCGGAGAGGCAGACUCAGUCGUUAUUUCUGGAAGCGCCGAUACCACCGUGAAGAUCUGGGAUACGCGCUCAUUAACCUCGAAGCCCAUGCAGACCCUGACGGAAGCCGGCGAUAACGUGUCCUCACUACAUACCCACAUGCCAACGUAUACGAUCAUGAGUGGAAGUUACGAUGGAAGGAUAAGGACUUAUGACCUGCGUAUGGGUGUUGUUAAGGUCGAUGUUAUGGGCUAUCCUAUUACAAGUAUCCGAUGCUCUGCGGAUGGAAAUGCAGUAUUGGCUUCAUGCCUAGACGGGCGAAUACGAAUGAUGGAUAUCGCGGACGGAUCAGUUUUGAAAAGCUUUGGGGAAGGAAAUAUGGAUUCAGAUAAGAAGCCCACAUAUAAGAAUAAGGAGCUACGUAUACGGUCCACAUUUGCUAGAGGAGACAGUGCAGUUAUUAGUGGUAGUGAGCCGGGUGACCAGGAUACUAAGGCGUAUAUUUUUGCUUGGGAUGUGCUAAGUGGUAAUUCGAUAGGGACUAUUCCUGCUGGGAAUGAGAAAAAGGUGGUGAGCUGUGUGGCCUGGAAUGAAAAGGGUAAAAACUGGGCUGCCGGUUGCUCUAAUGGAAGUGUAUUGAUAUUUGGUUAG